UGUUUUUGUUCACGUUCGCACUGCACUUGCACGCCCGAAAAGUGCACUUUUUGGUGAUUGCAGAUUGUGCGUUUCUCGCAUCGUUGGUGGACAUUAAUUAACAAGCUUGCUUAGCAUAGAACACGCCGAGUGCCACGAUGACCUGGGAACACCUGGCGCGGGGCAGCUCGCCCGUCGAUUGGUGUGAAGGAAACUAUCUCAUUUCUCCCGAUAUCGCCGAAUUCGUGAACACGAUUAGCAACAUUUUGUUCCUGCUCGGACCGCCCUUUCUGAUCUACCUGUUCAAGGAUUACGGAAGAUUCAUUCAACCCGCCAUUCACCUCAUCUGGGUGCUGCUGAUCGUGGUUGGCCUGUCGUCGGCCUACUUUCACGCGACGCUCAGCCUGCUGGGUCAGCUGCUCGAUGAGCUGACCAUUCUUUGGGUUUUCAUGGCUACGCUCAGCCUGUUCUGCCCGCGAAGACACUUUCCACGGAUUUUCAAAGGAUCAAGAAAACGCUUCUCCCUGUCGAUGACGGUGUUCUCGAUUGCGGCCACCGCCCUUUCGUUCUGCCAUCCUGCUAUUAAUGCGUUCGCGUUGAUGUUCCUAGCCAUCCCAGCAACCUAUCUGUUGUACAAGGAAUUGAAAAUUGUGGAGGACCAACGCGUGUAUCGGCUUGGGGUACGGAACACGACCAUCCUAAUGAUUGCCAUCGUUUGCUGGAUCAACGAUCGCAUGUUUUGCGAUACCUGGUCAUCGAUGAACUUCCCUUACCUGCACGGUUUCUGGCACAUUCUCAUCUUCAUCUCGGCCUACCCGGCAUGCGUGCUGUUUGCCUAUUUCUUCGUCAGCGACGAACGUCCCGAGAGUCGACCGACGCUCAAGUAUUGGCCACGGAACGACUUCGAGCUCGGCAUACCGUACGUUUCGAUCAACUAUGGAAAGAAGUGUGAUGAUGAAAUCUAAAACUCCCUCACCGUUAGUGCUCCCUCAUGGGCAGGUCCUUAUGAGUGGAGCCAACACAACGAUUCUCUCGCGAUUCCAAAACGAAUAACACAAACGCACCUUUCCCGGCGUCUCUACCAACCUCAUCCACUCUCUCUCUCUCUCUCAUGCUUUGUAGGAAUUACUGCUGUUUGUCUUAAAAGGUUGUGAAAUAGGAAACAUUAGUAGAUGUUUAGUUUGUAAACGAAUUCCUAGGCCAAAAUGAAAGUGUCACCAAAUAAGUAGGGAUUGAAUGGGAAAGUACCACCAGACAGGGGUACACAAAUCGAUUUU